AUGCCUUCCCUUCACAACCUCCUUGCCCGGACCACCUCCGCACCCCCGGACUCUGAUGGCUCGGACGACACCCUGAUCAACAUGAUGCUCGGACUUCUCGGCCUGGUCUUCCUCGGCCUGAUCCUGGUCUCGAUCCUCUUUCUGUUCCGCCGCGCUCGUCGCCAGAAGCAGAUGCAGCCUGUCCACGACGAGGAGGAUGGUCUCCCCUCGUACUACGACAGCAACACCAAGCGCAUGGCCAACCACCGAGGCCUCACCAUCGAGACGACGCACAAUGGCCGCUCCAGCGUCUUUGUCAUCAACAAGAACGGCCACCCCAUGCUUGCCAACCCCAACUCGCCUCCCUACUCUCCCGAUAAUGUUCCCGAGAUCCACAUCACCUUCCCUGAUGAGCAGGACGACCAGGGCCGACCAAAGAGCGGUCGUGUUCUCGUUGUCCGGGUUGGCGACAACUCGGCUGUCGGUCUUGAGCCCAUGAACGAUGAGCAGCUCCCCGCCUACGAGAAGGAGGCCAAGGGACAGUUCUACUCUAUCGACAUGGACCAGAUCGGCGGUCUCAAGGAGAAGGACCGUACUCAGUUCCAAUAA